AUGCCUGAAAACGCGAUGGCAGCUUUCAUCAUGUACCCACCAAAUGAUACAAAAUACGAUGAAUUCGAGGCGUUCUCGCAGUUCGGUAUCAUUUGUGAAAAUGGGAUGUGGCGCACUACAAAAUAUCCGAAAGUUGCCUAUCUUGUCGAUGGAAUAGUGCAUGACUUCCCACUUCCGUUUAGUCAAUACGAUGGGAAAAAGUCGGGAAUUGCGAGAUUUGCGUGGUGA